CGUAAACCAGCUCUCCCCAAAACAAGCAAAAACCUGCAACUCUGCGCCUCCAACGAUUCUACUCUGUGGAGACGGAGACGGAGACGGAGACGGUGAUGAGGUCUGCCAGCCUAUAUCGCCUGUUUAGUUCCUCUAUCAGAAGCCAUAACCUUCUUUCUCCUCCAUUUUGUUGUCUUUCUUCGCUCCACAUAGUUCAUGAUCCCAAAUGUCUCUUCAAUUUCCGAUCACUCUAUCACCGCUCUCUAUCUUCCAUUUCUCCCGAGAACCCGCAAUCCCCGACCGCAGACGAAAACUGUAUUCUUCCAAUCACUAGAACCCGAACGCGAACCCCCCUAGAGACCCAAUUCGAGACAUGGAUCGAAAAACUCAAACCCGGAUUCACCCCACCCGACGUCGACGAAGCAAUCUGUGCCCAGUCGGAUCCGGAUCUCGCUCUCGACAUCUUUCGAUGGACAGCCCAGCAGCGCGGAUACAAGCAUAACCACUUGACUUACCUGACCAUGAUCAAGACUAUGAUCAACGGCCGGCGGUACCGCCAAGCCGAGACACUGGUCGAGGAGGUCCUCGCGGGGGCUUGUGAGAUGAGUGUCCCUCUAUAUAACUCCAUAAUACGCUUCUGUUGCGGCCGGAAGAUGAUGUUCAAUCGGGCCUUCGAUGUCUACAAAAAGAUGUUCAGGUCAGAUGAUUGUAAACCCACUCUCGAGACUUACACUCUACUCCUAAAUUCACUGCUUAGGAGAUUCAAUAAAUUGAAUGUAUGUUACGUCUAUUUGCACGCGGUGAAGUCACUCAAUAAGCAAAUGAAAGCUUCCGGUGUCAUACCGGACACAUUUGUGUUGAAUAUGAUAAUCAAAGCGUAUGCUAAGUGUUUGGAGGUUGAUGAGGCGAUUAGGAUUUAUCGUGAAAUGGGUUUGUAUGGUUGUGAACCGAAUGAGUAUACGUUUGGGUAUAUAGCUAAAGGAAUGGUGCCCAGUGGUAGUACUUUUAUGGUUUUGAUUUGCAGUUUGGCAAUGGAGAGGAGGUUUGAGGAUGCAAUUGAGGUUUUGUUGGACAUGGUGGGGAAUUCUCUGCAACCGGAUUUGUUAACCUAUAAGACCGUUUUGGAGGGGAUGUGCAGGGAAGGUAGAGGUAGUGAAGCUCUGGAAUUGCUUGAGGAAUUGAAAAAGAAAGAUCGUUCAAUGGGAGAGAAGAGUUUUAAGAUCUUGUUGAACUGUUUGCAUUUUCUGAAUCAAGACUAGGUUCGGGUACUCUUCAUUCGAUUGAUUAAUAAAUUCCUUUGUGGGAGAGCUCAGGGGCUGAGCAAGCAUUUAGAUCCUGCUGAUUCGGUUGUGAGGUAAACCAUAAGAGCUGCUGCUAUUUAUUUGAUUGGAUACAUUGUUUUGAACAUUGUCAGAGAAUCUCUCCGGAGAUGGAAUCACAUUCUUACAUUCGUUGAGACCAAAGGAGUGGUUUACCGCUGGGAGAGCAAUCAGAAAUUGAUUUUCCAGACCUGAAGGAUGAGAAAUAGGGUAGGAAUAGGCAGGGGUAAUUGGUGACCUCUAUUUGGUCCUCAGGCUCGGCUCACUUGGGAACACCUCAUUGCUACUGAGGAUCAUUAUCGGAUUCAUGCAUGGAUACAAUGACAAAUCUACAACAGUAGAUACAGUAAUACUCUACAAUGCAGAUUGGUGAAUUGAUUAUCUCAUAAUCCAUUGAAACGCAUUUUCGCAUCCUUGUUGGUUACAUGACUUUCUUUUUGCUCCCCUGUUGCAGUUUCAAACAUUCAGUUCGACACAUUAGAGGACAUUCUCCCUUGUGAGUGAUGAGGGUUUUGAUCAAACAUUCUCCCUUGUCAGACAUCCCUUCGCAAGUAUUAUAUAUGUGGCUUUUCUUCGGUGAAGAUAAUGAAUUUAUAUAGAUAUGUAGCUUGAAAUUAAGUAACAUCUCUUUACAUGGUUGAUUUUAUUGUC